AUGCUACCAAUAUCGGAUACGAAAAUCAAGGAGAUCAGACAGGCAACAGCACAAGAUGCAAACAUGCAACAUCUGGGUAGAAUUGUCCCAGCUGGUUGGCCAGAUACCCAGUUGAAAGUGCCAAGUGCUAUUAGGCCGUAUUUGAGACUUGCAGACGAAAUCACAGUGCAAGAUGGUGCUGUUAUUAAUCAUCUGAAGAGUCAUUUUGCUUGCCAUGGCAUACCUGCUGUUGUAGUUACGGACAACGGCCCUCAGUUUACUGCAGAGGAGUACAAGUGUUUUGCAGCAGAAUGGGAUUUCAAACAUAUUACCAGCAGCCCAGGCUAUGACCAAGCAAACGGAAAAGCUGAAAGUGCUGUCAAACAGGUAAAAAAUCUGUUCAAAAAGGUAAAGAAAGCAGGAACAGAUGUCAUGCUGGCUCUUCUGGCACUGAGAAAUACACCAAUGGAAGGUCGAAAUGGUAGUCCAGCUCAGAAACUUGCUGAACCAUCGGUUUUGCCUAAUGCUAUGGAAGGGCUAUACACUGCUAAGAAGAAACAAGCAGAACAGUACAAUCAACAUGUUUGUGACCUACCACUAUUACACAUCGGAGAUAAAGUACGAGUACAACCUACAAGAGUAGAAUUGGAACGGAAGGUGGAAGUUGUUGUAGGAGUUCUACCACAUAGAUCCUACGAAGUCAAUGUUGGUGCUCUGAAUAUUUACCGCAGAAACCGGCAACACUUGUGUCAACUCAGGAAAGCAGGACAUUGA